UUAUGAUAAUUUUGUUGCCUCAAGCAGCUGCAUAUGCUGCGUUCAUGUCCUCCUGUAAAGCAGAGAGAGAGAGAACACAGUGAAGAAGCUUUUUCGUAGCUUGAGAUUUAUUUUACAGCUACAUCAGAAAAGAGCCAUUUGUGCUAUAGCCUAAUAUUGAAUUUCCUUGUCAGUCAUGUGAGCCGUCUGUUAAUAAAAAAACAUUUCCGACACCCCCUGAAUGCAGCAUUCCUGCAGGUUUGUGUGAGAAAUGAAAGAGAAAGUACACUGAGGGUUGUACUUUACAGGAGAUGAAGAUGCUGUGCGUCGACAAUAAACACAGAGAAGUUGUCCAACAAGCUGCGGGAAUGUCUUGAAAGUGUGAAUCUUACAACUGAAGCUGACAGUGUUGCAGUGGACUGAUAGAUUUGUCAAAAAGGAAUCAAAAUGGAUUUCAUUGAAAAUGGUCUACGGUAUUUCUACAACAUGUUGUCCUCUCCAGCAGCCAGUAAGUACCAUGGCUUGUUAAACCAAGGAGCAACAGAUUACCUGAACAGUGUGCUGCAGGUGCUGUUCAUGACCGAAGACUUCAGAGAGGCUGUGGAAAGGCACACCUGUGAAACCUGUGGCCCUAAGUGUAUUGAUCGACAUCUUGCGUCCUUGUUUGAUGACUUAAAAGGAUGUACGGCAUACACCUAUGAAAUCACCAAAACGCUGGGCAUCGACAAUGGUACAGUAUGAUAGCACACAAAACAACAAAUUACAUUGAGGUUACAUGGUGUACUGUAGUAUCUGAAAAUAAUAUCAGGACCUGCAUCCUGUGCACUAGAAGUGUUAACAUACAGUCGUUGAAGCCCCACAGAUAGAGAAUAUCUCAUAAUAACCCCUUUAAUAAUCCAGAUUUAUUAUCCACAUAAAGGAUAGGUUGAGCAGAAGUAUAAAAU